AUGUGUACGGACGCCUCGGACGCCUGCUUGCAACCUUGUACGUCGCCUGAUAAAUCCAAUGGCCUGCUCCUGAUGCCUCCGUCGUCUCCUGAUCGAUCGCCACUCAAGCCCUGUCGCACUGAACCGAGCGUGCUAAGGAGUCAACACUUGCUUGAGGUUCAGUCGGAUUGUGAUGGCCCCAAGGAGCAGCCAAGGAAGCAAGGAAGGGCCAAGACUCGGACGAUCAACCACAUCACGCUGGGAUUUAUUGCCUACUUUGCAGUCGCAGCAGGACCUUUUGGUGUUGAAGAUGCAGUGCGAGCCGCAGGGCCAUACCCAGUGCUUCUGGCUGUGGUGCUACUGCCAUUUACAUGGGGGUUGCCACAGGCAUUGAUGACCGCUGAGCUUAGCUCCAUGAUCAGUGAAAAUGGAGGUUACAUCUUGUGGGUGCGCCGUGGACUGGGCCAAUAUGCUGGCUGGGUGAAUGCGUUCAACUGCAUUGCUAGCAAUGCGUGCGACUUGCCCACGUACCCCGUGCUAUUCUGCAGCUAUGUCGAAGCGUUUUUGGUGUCCGGAUAUAAUUAUAGUCUAUCCGGCACAGAGCGAUGGUUGGUGAAAUGCCUCGCUCUACUGUUUGUGUUCGUAUCGAAUGUAGUCGGAUUACGCGCAGUGGCAGUGGCCUCCGUGCUGAUGUCCCUCUUUGUACUUGCACCGUUCAUCUUGGAACCGCUCUCAAUUGAGACCUUCAACCUCGCUACGUGGGGAAGCGUUGCACCGGACAUCGACUGGUCGGUGUUUCUCUCCACCAUAUUGUGGAACUAUCAAGGUUGGGAUUCUCUCGGGUGCGUAGCUGGCGAAGUCAAAGAAGGAGGAAGAACUUACCCGAUCGCCAUAACGAUCGCAAUGAUUCUGAUCACCGUCAACUACGCUGUUCCAGUCGGUGCAGGUAUCAUGGUGAAGUCUGACUUUUCGCAGUGGCAUGAGGGUUCUCUGGAGACCAUCGCCAUGUCCAUUGCUCCAUGGCUUGGGGUUUGGGUCGGCAUGGCUGCAGUCGUAGCAACGCUGGGCGAGUUCAACGUCGUGAUGGCUUGCAGCUCGCGUGCGUUGUGGGCAACAGCAGACUACAAGAUGCUGCCGUCGUUUCUCGCUAUUGAGUGGGAGCGCUUUGAGACGCCGGUUGCAGCAGUGAUCUUCCAGACGAUUACCACUGGCAUGCUCAUGAACUUUUCAUUCGAGAUCUUGGUGGUCAUUGACACCUUCUUCAACAAUCUCACGCUGAUGCUGGAGUUCUUUGCGUUCUUGCGCCUGAAGUACGUGGAAAAGGACACUGAACGUCCGUUUGUAGUACCGUUCGGCAGCGCUGGCGCGUGGGCAAUUACGCUGCCCAAGAUCGUCGUGCUCUUGGGCGUGCUGAUUGCACAAAAGCGCAGCGUGUGGGUGAUCUGCGGGCUCUUUAAUGUGGUCGUCUCCAGCGCGUACCUCGUUUGGCGCCGCUUCCAUCCACCGCAGCAAGGCACGUGCGCUUACGCUCGCACUAGUACCACUGUUCCCACCACGUAUGGCACGGGUUUGUCGUCGCAGCCAGUCGUUGUGCACCGCUCCUGA